AUGUAUGAAAUGCUCUUGGAAAAACAUUACCCGGAAGUUCUUUUAGAUGCUAUGGAAAAUGAACGUUAUCUACAAAAAUUGAAAUGUGAAGUUAAAUAUUCUUUCUACUUGCAGUAUUUUCGUGAUAACUAUAACUACACAUUUGGUCGCCCCCGUUCUGAUGUUUGUACAACUUGUUCAGAAAUGGAGGCCAAAAUUUCUCGCGAAAAAAAUGCAGCUUUUAAAAGAAGUUUGGAAACAGAACUCAAAGUGUAUAAAACAAGGGGUAAGCUCUUCUAUACUAAAAUGCAAGAAUGUUUGUUAAAAGCGCGAGAAAACGAGGAUACAGAAGUUGCUUUGACUUGA